UCGCUCCCUCUGGCCCGCAGCUGGUGAAAAAUUUUCGAGAAUUUCCAGCCGACGAAGCAGUGAGUGGUGCUUUCGACUGCUUGCUCCGGAGAUCGGAAGACAAAGGAGACGGCAAUCUUAUUUACCGAACACGAAAGCCCCUGCACUGCCCUCCGUUAGCUCAUUGAAACACUUCCAAGGGACAUAGCCAUCGCGAGGUGCAUCAUUCUCUUGAAGACGGUCCACUAUUGUCCGCCAACCGAGUCCCUUGCAGCUGAGUGAUGUCAACAGCUGCCUUAAUCACUUUGGUUAGAAGAGGCGGGAACCAGGUGAGAAGGAGAGCGCUGCUGACCUCCCGCCUGCUGCAAGACGAGCGCCGCCUGCCGGCCACCUGCCACAGCUCCACCUCAGAGCCCAGGUGUUCUCGAUUCGACCCGGACGGCAGUGGGCGUCCGGCCACCUGGGACAGUUUCGGGAUCUGGGACAACCGCAUUGACGAGCCAAUUCUACUGCCCCCCAGCAUUAAGUAUGGCAAGCCGAUUCCCAAAAUCAGCCUGGAAAACGUGGGGUGCGCCUCGCAGAUUGGCAAACGGAAAGAGAAUGAAGAUCGAUUCGACUUUGCCCAGCUAACAGAUGAGGUCCUGUACUUCGCGGUGUAUGAUGGGCACGGCGGACCUGCAGCCGCUAAUUUCUGCCACACCCGCAUGGAGAAAUGUAUUCUGGAUUUGCUUCCUAAGGAGAAGAACUUGGAAACUGUGUUGACCUUGGCUUUUCUAGAAAUAGAUAAAGCCUUUGCGAGUCAUGCCCACCUGUCUGCUGAUGAUACUGAACCCCCGCAUGAGGCACCGUUAGUGGAUGUGUUACUCCUUGUCUCUACUCUAGAAGCAAGCAUUCUGACCUCUGGGACUACUGCAACAGUAGCCCUACUGCGAGAUGGUAUUGAACUGGUGGUCGCCAGUGUUGGGGACAGCCGAGCUAUUUUGUGUAGAAAAGGAAAACCCAUGAAGCUGACCAUUGAUCAUACUCCAGAAAGAAAAGAUGAAAAAGAAAGGAUCAAGAAAUGUGGUGGUUUUGUAGCUUGGAACAGCUUGGGACAGCCUCACGUAAACGGCCGACUGGCCAUGACGAGGAGCAUUGGAGAUUUAGAUCUCAAAGCCAGCGGAGUGAUAGCCGAGCCAGAAACAAAGAGGAUCAAGCUGCACCACGCUGAUGACAGCUUCCUGGUCCUCACCACAGACGGAAUCAACUUCAUGGUGAAUAGUCAAGAAAUUUGUGACUUUGUCAAUCAGUGCCAUGAUCCCAACGAAGCUGCCCAUGCAGUGACUGAACAGGCGAUCCAGUACGGCACUGAGGAUAACAGUACGGCCGUCGUAGUGCCUUUCGGCGCCUGGGGAAAAUAUAAGAACUCUGAAAUCAACUUCUCCUUCAGCAGAAGCUUUGCCUCCAGUGGGCGAUGGGCCUGAUUGCUGGCCAGGACUCCAUGCUUCUGUGCAACACUUUUUAACUAAGAAUGUCAAGAAACUGAUCAAAUCACAAAUGCUGUCUGUACCAGUGACCCACCAGAGCAGUAUACAAGUCAGUGUAAACCUAGUAACUAUUUGCAUAGUGAUUUUUUAUGAAUAAUCAUAUUUAUGAUCAACUGUACAUGCUCAGUACACUAUAACCAAGCUAGUGUGAGCUUCUAAGCAAGCAAAUGAAAAGUGGUUUCAGAACUUUCAGUGAGUGUUCAAUUUCUAAUCGUAAGACUCUUAGGCAGCUAUUUGUUUCUAUCGAUUGUUUUUGUUCUUAAUUCAUUUGAACAGGUUCUUCAAGUUCUUCGACACUAGUCAGUUUGAAUUUUGACGACUAUUCCGUGUACUAGCUGCAAGUGUUUACUUUUGAUAACUGUGCCAAGGAGUAAAUGUGAAAACUGAGUUAUCUAUUCUCAUAUUUUGUAUACUAGGCCACUUACAAUAACAGUAAUUGUGCAGCAGAAAUCAAUUCAGAUACUAUAUUGCCAAAUCAUGCUUAUUUAUAAACAGUGCAUUUGUGUAUUUCAACUGCAUCACCAGAGUCCCCCUUCCCACUCAAUCCUAUUUUUCUGUAGUUGUAAAUGUUAUAUAGAUUUGACUCUACUAUCAGAAAAGAAGACACAGGCUAAGGGUCUUCCAGUCAAAAUUAUACAAAGUUAAAUACUGUGGUAUCAAGUAUUUUGUAUAGUUUCCAAUUAAGUUGGUGUUCUGUGUUUUGUAUAUAUGUUUAUAUCACCUUUUGUAUAGAGUAAGCAAGCUGGCUAAUUUGUUAGUAAAAAUAAUAUCACAUUGACCCACAGUGCCAUAGACAAAGAUCAAGGUUUAUGUCUCCUCUUUGCUCAUUUCUAAGACUUACAAGGAAGGAUAUGUCUGAAACAAACAUUAAAACUGUGUAUUUCAGCUUGUUAUAUAUAACUUAGGCAUGUGAAACUAUUUACCUGCAUGUAAGUUUGCUGUUAAAUGUGAAUCUGUGCAUGUAUGAUUGGAAUGAUAUCUACAGUUUAUUUCUGCAGACUCUAAAUUUAUCCCAUGUGUGUGUGGGUGUGUGUACAUAUGUAUAUUUUGGAGUAAUAUAAAAUUAAAGGGAACAAUCUUCUUGCAUAGCUCCUUCACCAGUUAACUAUCUUUAAAUUAUUCUGUAUUUAACUCUGAAGACUCUUGAUAAACUGAGGCAGUUCUGUUAAGUGUAGAGCCAGUGGUUAUCAGCAGGUGAGGAAACAGAUUUUAGGAGGUAUUUUGUGGCACAUAAUUUAUCUGGAAAACCCAGGAACAGGGCCAGAAUCUUGAUGCUACAUUUCUAGAUGGUCAUUUGCAUAUAAAAUAAUAUGAUAAAAAUAAUGACUCCUAAGAAUGAUAUGGAAUUUUAUAGUAGAAACAAAAGAAAAACAAACCAAAAGAAGAACUUUGAUAGAGAAUGUACUUUCAACUCUUUUUUCAGGAUUGACUUUUUUUCUUUUCUGUAAGCUUCAUUUUUAGGUUUAUUAUAAGAAAGAGGGCCCAAUAUAAAUGCUCACGCCUUUUCACCUUUGUGAGAACAGAAGAAAAUAUAUUUUCCAAUUGUCCUGCCAUCUUAAACAGGAAUGUCAUUUGAAAAAAAAAGUGCUAAAUAUUUCAAUUUUUUUUUCAAGGCAUUUAGGUGAAAGGAGGAAAACCAUUACGGGCAGGAAGAUGUUCUCCUGCUCACUGUCUGUGAGGACAAGAGCCCAAGCACAGCUGGGAAUCGGCUUGCUCUUUCCAAGUCAGGUCUUCCAACAGAAGUGUGGAAGCCACAUUUAGGAGUUUGGAAAAUUUCUAACUAAAAAAAGGAAAGUGCUAAAGCUCCACGAUUACAUUCUAAAGACACAGGUUUUGUUUUUGUGUGAAUUCUUCACAUUGCCAUCACUCCCUCCUUUACUUUAAAAACUAGUUAGGAGUGAUGUUGGCACGUUCAAAGGACCGAGGGCCAUGGAUGACUGCAGUGGUUGCCAGUUCUGAGGAAGGGGAGUUUGUAGGAGGAUGACUGGGGUGGAUCUAAGUAGGCCACACCUGGAAAAGUGAGUUAACCUUGACAAAGCAUAGAGCAUACUGGUAUUUAUGGGUUUUCAAGCCAUAAUGUUAAAGUACGAUUUAAAAUGUGGAUUAUUUAAAUCUGUAAAACAUAAGCAUAUGUGUCUUAGGUUUCUAAGUCUAUUACUGGAAAUUAUGCAAAUAGUAAUAAAAAGAAAGGACUGCUCUAUAUAUAGCUGUUUCACUGUAACUGUGAAUUUCCUAUGUGGAUAUAAGCAUGGUAUAAAUUAUAUUAAUGUAAUACAACACAUAGAUUGUAUUUAUGUUUGCCUUUCAUUUAUAUGUAUUAUGUAAAUCAUCUUUCAAUAUGUGUUGCCAACAUUUAUUCAGUGAAAUAGUCUUAAAAUUGUUGUAAUAUUUCACAAGUAUAAAUUCUUAAGUAGCUUACAUAUCCAAAAGUAAAUGUGGUUCUACUCUCAUCAGUUAUUCACUUGUUAGAGACCUUUAUGUUUCCUAAGUGCUUCAAGGUCAUGAAUUUUUCUGUAAAAUAAUUUAUUCUGGAGGGAUCAGUUUUGAUUCUAUGUACCCAGUAAUGUGAUGUGAGCCUUCCCUACGUUCCAAUGUUUUAAAAAUUACUUCCAAGAAUUAUUAACACAUAAUCUAAAAUACAGAAAUUAUUUUUUUAAGUAUAACUUUAUUUGGGAAAAGAAUUUAGGCAGAAAAUGAGUAGGUCUGUGCUAGCUCUUUAGUAUCAGAUUGGACAUUUAUUUCCUUUCUAAAAAUGGACAUAGAUUUAAUUUCAUGGAAACACUAUAGUAAGGAAAUUCUUCCAGGCAGGGGGAAGUGAAGGUCUAGUAUUAAACAGUUAAACACA